GAGCCAGUGGCCUUUGAGGAGGUGGCUGUCCAAUUCACCGAGGGGGAGUGGGCUCUCCUGGACCCCUACCAGAAAGCCUUGUACCGGGAUGUGAUGCAGGAGAACUAUGAAAAUGUCACCUCCGUGGUGCUUUCCCUCACCAAGUCUGAUAGGACACCCUGGGCGGAAGAAGGGAAAGGGGCAUGCUUCCCAAUUCCAAGUUCUCAGGUCCCUGACAAGAGGAACCACUGUGAAGCCAUCAAUACAGUCCUUUCCCUCACCAAGUCUGAUAGGACACCCUGGGCGGAAGAAGGGAAAGGGGCAUGCUUCCCGAUUCCAAGUCCUCAGGUCCCUGACAAGAGGAACCACUGUGCAGCCAUCAGUACAGUGCUUUCCCUCACCAAGUCUGAUAGGACACCCUGGGCGGAAGAAGGGAAAGGGGCAUGCUUCCUGGUUCCCAAUUCUCAGGUCCCUGACAAGAGGAAUCACUGUGAAGCCAUCAGUACAGCUCAUGUUGUUGAGAAUAGGGUGGAGAAUAAUGUACCGCCAGACAAUUCUGAGCAGAAUGUAUCUCAUGACACUUCUUUCGGAAGCACAAAGGACAGGCCUCUCCAGAGUCAUGAGGGAGGGGAGUCAUCUGGGCCUCAACGCAGAUCAACAAGGCAGCAGAAAAACAAAACAGGAGCCGAAGAGAAGAAACCCAUUCCUCCUCAGGAUGGUGGUCAGGAUGUCAAGAAAGUCGCUGUCCAGAAGACGAUUGGUAAGGAUGGGAGACAAAAGGCAUGUAACAAGUGUGGGAAACUGUUUAGUCAGAGUGUCCUCCUCCUCAAGCAUAAGAGAACUCACAUGGGCAUGAAACCUCAACAAUGCCCAGACUGUGGUAAAAUCUUCAGCCGGCAAUCCCACCUCCGCAAACACCAGAGAACCCACAGAGCAGAGAAAUUGUUCCCCUGCUUGGACUGCGGAAAAUCUUUCCAUCGGCGUUCCCAUCUCACCUCGCACCAAGGAAUCCACACGGGAGUAAAACCUUACAAGUGUUUAGAUUGUGGGAAAAGCUUCCGGCGGGGACCUGACCUUAACAGACACCAGAAGAUCCAUACAGGAGAGAAACUGCAUAAAUGCUUGGACUGUGGAAAGAGUUUCCUCCUGAGUUCGAGCCUCACCAAACAUGAGAGGAUCCAUACAGGAGAGAAACCAUAUAAAUGCUUGGACUGUAAGAAAAGUUUCAGCCAGAGAUCUCACCUUAUUGUUCACAGAAGAACACACACAAGUGAGAAACCGUUCAAGUGUUCGUUCUGCGACAGUGGGUUCAGUCAGAAAGCUCAUCUCACGGCCCAUCAGAGAACUCAUACAGGAGAGAAGCCCUACAAAUGUUCUGAAUGUGGCAAAAACUUUAAACUGAACUCAGCAUGUAUCAAACAUAAGAGAAGUCAUCGUUCUGGCGUUCAGGCUGUGGGAGACGCUCCUGUCUGA